AAUGGAUGGGCUGAAAUUGAGGCAUUCAAUAUAGUGGGGGAAAUUUCUUCAAGUGGGGAAGCACCUUUCUCAGUCUAUUGGGACAACCUCUUAAUGACUUGGGCCAUGUAUGUCCCGUCUCUGCCUCCCUUUGAAGUUGUUGAUACGAGGUCAGAUGACUGAUGUAGGAAGCAUAAGCAUGGAGGUGUCUCCCAGUAACUGUCUAUCCCUGCUUCUUAACCUAAAGUAGUCAAGGCCCUGACCUGGUCAUAAAAUGCAAUUUGUCUGAGUCUACAAACAGCGGGGUCUGGAAGCAGUAGUGUGUGGGAAGUAGAGACACUCCCUGCUUAUGCAAGUUCCUCAGAGUGUUAGAAAUAUAUGUAUGUAUAUAUGCAUAUAUAAAUACACACGCACACAUAUAUGUAUAUGUAUAUGUAUAUAUAUAUACACAACCACAUAUAUAUGUUAUAUUCAGUGUAGGAAGAGAGAUUUCCAUUAAUUUAUUAAACAAGUAUUGAAGCAAGCUGGGGACUGAGUACAGGAGUGAGCAAAAAAUCCUUACCUUGGGCAAGUUUACGUAAAACAGUCUGAAUGCAAAAUUCAAGGAAUUAACCUUAACAGGUUAGAGCCAUAAAACCAGCCCGGGUCCUAGGCCAAGUCCAGCUGUACCUCCUCCACUCCGCUAGGAGGCAGUGCGGCCACCCACCGCUCUCCCGAUAGGCCUCGCGCGGGCGCGCACGUUUAAGUGGACGGAAGUGCCGGUGCGCAAGGUAGCUCAGCAGGCGGAAGCGGCUCGUCCGCCGGUAGCCGCCAUGCCGGGAGACCACCGCCGCAUCCGCGGGCCGGAGGAGUCCCAGCCGCCGCAGCUGUACGCGGCCGGCGAGGACGAGACGCCGGCUGCCCGCGACCCGACGCGGCUACGACCGGUGUACGCGCGCGCCGGGCUGCUGAGCCAGGCCAAGGGCUCGGCCUACCUGGAGGCGGGAGGCACCAAGGUGCUGUGCGCCGUCGCGCUGGCCGCGGCGCUCACGGCCGCCGCGCUCGCCCUGGCCGACGCGGGAGUGGAGAUGUAUGAUCUGGUAGUGGGCUGCGGCCUGAGCCUCGCCCCGGGACCCUCGCCCACUUGGCUGCUGGACCCCACGCGGCUGGAGGAGGAGCACUCGGCAGCCGGCCUCACGGUGGCGCUCAUGCCGGUGCUCAAUCAGGUGGCCGGCUUGCUGGGCAGCGGGGAAGGCGGCCAGACGGAGAGUUGGACGGACGCGGUGCGCCUGGGCCUGGAAGGCUGCCAGCGCCUCUACCCAGUGCUGCAGCAAUGCUUGGUGCGGGCUGCCCGCCAGAGGGGCGCCGCCGCCCCGUCCUGAUCGGGGGAAACCUGAGCAACCACGAUGCGGAAGACUACUGUCGUCCUUCUCUUCCCAGAAGGACCGGAGCUGUUGGUCGCCUGGCUUAGCUGAGCCGAGAAACCAGAGUGGGAGGUAGCGCGCACAGAACCAAAGCACUGGACAGCUGUGUUGGGACGAUUUUAAGGGCCUUUGCAGCCACCAUCCAGUUGGAAAAGUUUGAAAGCCUUACUCCCAAGUUGGAAAGGACUUAAGCUGGAUUACCUGGUAAAUGAGACCUAGGAGCUGUGGUCUUCAAAGGGAUGGACCCUGUGCAGGCCAGCCGUUGGCUCCAAUGUAUGAUAAACUGCUUCUUUUGAGAGGAUGGACAAGGGGACUUUGCUUUCUCACUACCCAAACUAAAACAUAAAAAUCUUUUUUAUAACCUGAAAA